GGGCUUUUCCCAUGCUGGGACAGGGUUACAGCCUUUCACGUGAUGGUGACAGGAAUUGGAAGAGGGAAGCUCCUCCUUCUCCCGCCAUGGCGUCUGCAAAGAGCCCCGCCAGCCCGCACCAGCUGAAAGAGUUUGACAACGUCCGUGCCUCCCUCGCCGACAUCAUCGGCCAGCUCCGUGACAUCGACCCCAGCCGCCUCUCCUUCUCGCCUUUCCUGGACUUGGACACCCAGAUCUGCCUGGCGCCCGUCUCCGACAGUCCCGAGUCAUCAGUCGAGGAGCUGCAUUCUACCGAAGGGGAGGAAGAGAAAGAGGAAGGAGCCGCCUCUGCCAAUCCUCUCACUGGGCAAGCCUUCCCAGACCCCAGCAGCCAAACCAGGCAUUCGCUGUUGCAGGAGGCAGCAUGGGCGCCAGAAGUGACCGACGCUCCUGCAGAGGAGGCCGCCACGGUACAAGAUGGUGGCGGCGGCGACACGGUGGCCAUCCAGAUGCCCAGAGAGACUUCAUUUCUGGACGCUGUCGAGACCCUGUCGAGGGGCCCCCUGCCCCCCGCGGAGCCAGCAGGAGGAGGAGGGCAAGCGGGAGCCCUCGCACCAGCCGAUCCGCUGCCAGCGCCCUGCGGACAGCAGCCCUGCCUGGUUUUGUGCCACGGCUCAGGGGACCCGGCCUUCUGCCCUGACCGCAGGGGCGGCAAAUGCUGCCAGGCGUGUUCCACUGGCCACAUGAAAGCGGUGGCCUCUGCCUUUGUCUCCCUCCUGCUGGCCCCAUGGUUGCUCUACGGAGGCUACUACUUCCUGCCGCUGCAGGUUCCCGCCUGUCCGGAUCUCGCCAGCCGCAUCGCCUUCGCUCUGCGCUGCCUGCUGAUCGCCGGGGUUCCCAUUCUGCUUGGCAUCACGUCGAGGGCCUUCUCCACCCUGUGCCUGGACACUCUCGGCCCUGUGGACCCCUCCUCCCGGCCCACCCUGCUCCACCAGAUUUUUACUGCUGGAUCCGUGGACCAGCUCGUUGUCUUCGGCCUCAACGUGACGGCAACAGCAACGUUUCUCCCCCAGGAGCACCUGCGCCUCAUCCCAAUCCUCGUGGGACUCUUUUCCAUGGGAAGGUACUUGUACUGGGCCAGUUUGCACCUCUGCAGCACUUACCGCGGCUUCGGUUUCGGGCUGUCCUUCUUCCCGACGCUCUCCCUGAUGGCCUACAACCUGUUCUGCCUCUACCACCUGGGCUUUGGAUUCCUCUUUGCGGCCUCGCCAGUGGGUUACGCCCAUGCCACGCCGGCUCCAACACUCGGACUGACUAUGCCGAAGAGAUGAGUGAGAAAUCAGUUCAUAGAAAAAUGGAUGCUAUCCCCCCCGCCAACCAAAAAGCCCUGUACAACAACUCUGGCACACUCUUAAAUCUCUUGGUCCUGCGGUCGCACUCAGGAGACCAGCUGUCUGCUUCAAAAUAAGAUUUCUUGGGGAAAUCUGAGUGAUUUUGUAAGCAGGGAGUUAAUGUCUUUGAUGUGCUUUGCAAAAAGCCAGCAUCAAGAUAAAGGAGGUUGUGUUUUUGUUCAAGGCCAGUACUGCAACGUCUGAUGUCAUAAGGCAGCGGGGGGAUGUCUUACAUAAAGAAGCACAAAUGAAAAUUGUGUCUCUGAGGAUGUGCAGAGCACAACAUUUAAUUUUCAGCCAAAGCUUCCUACUGCUUAGGAAUCUCCCUGCAGUGCUAGAGGCUCAGUCGCAGCAGAGGAUUCCCUGCAGUGGGAAUGGGCUGGACUAGAUGACCAUUGAGAUGCCUUCCAAUUCUCUUGAUUGUUCAUAGCACUUCUGAGCAUAUCUAGAGUGAACUUCCUUCACAUGUAAGACUGGAAGAGUGGGGAAACUUCCAAGUCAACCUUCUAGAGAAAUGUGAGCCCCAAUAGUUUUUAGUUUUAGAAACUGGCCACCAAAGCAGACUCAAGGAAGCUGCUUUGAGUACCACAAGCAUUGGCCUGAAGCUGCUGGAGUUAAUAAUAAAAGAAAUUUCUUCA